AUGGCGCCGAAAAACCUCAACAACUCAUACACACCCCCUUCGCAACCCCAUCUCAAGCCUAUCAUUAUUUGCGGCGUUAUUAUGGCGCUCUGCGCUGCUCCUACACCAGCUUUCCUCAAGCCCUAUAACGUCAAUUCCCCGCUUCCGGAGAAUGUUGCUACAGCUGGUCGAUGGAUCCAGACUGGCUUGUUUUACUUCCUCUAUGGUGCACAUGCCGUUGAGACGGCCAUGUUUAUGAAGAGACUGAAAGAGCACGGUGUUGGUUUCAUGAGUGCGGCAUGGUGGAAGUGGAUGGGAACGUGUUUCGUCGGUGGGAAAUUCUGCUUCGAGCAUUUUGACAGGCUGGUUGGUAAGAAGGCGUAG